GUGACCUUAAUCCAUAUAAAUGUUCUCAUAGCCUUCAGCAUAUCCCUUGUAGGCCUAUUAAUAUAUCGAUCCCACCUAAUAUCCGCAUUACUCUGUCUAGAAGGCAUGAUACUAUCACUUUUCGUUCUAGCAGCCCUCACAAUCCUAAAUUCACACUUCACCUUAGCUAACAUGAUACCUAUCAUCCUCCUAGUUUUCGCAGCUUAUGUUGCAGCCAUCGGACUAGCCCUACUAGUCAUAGUCUCCAACACAUAUGGCACUGACUACGUACAAAGCCUCAACCUCCUCCAAUGCUAA